ACCUCGCACCUCAUGGUAGUUGAUCGUAGCAGCAUUGUACUGCCGGUUGUGAUGACCACGAAGCUGACCAUAGUUGCUCUGUUCACCGUCACCCUGUUUCACAUACGCUGCGCUGGCGCUCACGUGCGCCAGGCCGUACGGGAGUAUGUGAUCAGGGCGCUCGGUCAGAGGAUAGAAAAGCAUGCAGCACCUGGUACUUGCUGCUAGCAGUACUUGUAUCCAUAUUUGGGAACAGGCAAACUGUCAGCCGGGUACGGAACGAGCGAUCCAAGUGACUGCUGCGAUACGUAACUGCCAACCGCAUAAUAAGCAAGUCGGUCUGCAUACCUAUUGCCGGCGC